UUCAAUUCCAGUAUUUUCUUUUUCAAUAGCAAUGCAAUUUAGUUUAGCUCAUACAAUUUCCAUGCAACACUUGCAGCAAAAGAUUGUCAUAAGAGUGCAGCAUAAGUGCAAGAAAUGUCAAUCAAAAUCCUUGAUGAUUGCUGCUAUGUCAACCGGAGUCAACUCAGUGUCAUUAGAAGGGGAGAAGAAAGAUAAAGUGGUGAUAAUUGGAGAAUCAGUAGAUGCAGUCGGCAUUACCAGCUUAUUGAGGAAGAAGGUCGGACACGCCAGCCUGGAGCUUGUUGAUGAAAUCAAGUGAAGAAGUUACACAACUGAGCUGCAUUCAAAAUAGUUGUAACGAUGGAAUAUAUUUAAAGCAUAUAUUUGCAAUGUAAAGGAAACAAAUCCCAAUUAGUUAUGUUCAUUAAUUGAUACGUUAGUUAUGUAACAGCCUCUCUACCCCUUAAAGGUAGGGGUAAGGUCUGCAUACACCUCAUCCUCCCCACACCCCACUCGUGGGACCACACUAGGUAU